AUGGCUAUCUAUGGGCAUCGGCACAGCAACCACGCGGAUGAUUCAUUCGCUCCUGCAUUGGAUAAUGCACCCAGGGUGCCCCUCAAGAUAACAAAAUCACGUAUUAAUAACUUUGUAGCUUCUAGUGGGCAAUUUUAUAGUAUGGGAAUCCACCGAGCAUUGUGGGUUUCCAGAACGAAAGGCUCACCACAUGUACAGCUGAAAGUCUACAGUGUGCCUGGAUUAAAGGAAGCCGUUGCACAAAAUUUUGAAAGCUUUACGAUAGGACAGCACAAGUUUGGUCCAAGCUGGUCAACCCAUUGGUUUCAUGUUGUUGCAACUCUACCUCAAGAAAUGGAAGGCAAAGAAGUAGUUUUCCAAUGGGAUAUGGGUUGUGAAGGUAUGGUAUGGAGCAAAGAUGGUGUACCGCAACAAGGCCUGACAGGAGGAACCGAUCAGCCACGACAUGAAUACAUUCUUACAAACAGAGGAAGUGCAGGAGCGCAGUUCGAGUUUUAUAUUGAAGCGGCUUGUAAUGGAAUGUUUGGAGUUGGUGCAGCAGACUCUAUGGUUGCAAAUCCCAACAAAUACUUUGAACUCAAGCGAGCUGAUUUGGUCGUACCGAAUAAGCGUGUUCAAAAGCUAUAUCAUGAUUUAACUGUUAUUCGCGGAAUUGCUUAUGAUACCGAGUCAACAUCCUCUCGAGCUCGACAAGCUUUAUGGGUAUUGAAUGAAGUGAUUAAUAACUUCAUUGCUGAAGAUAAAGAAGCCGUUCAGAAAUGUUUGGAUUUAACAAAAGAAUAUCUUAGCGCCAAAAAUGGCUCUGGUGAACAUCAUAUUACAGCUGUCGGCAACUGUCAUAUCGAUACAGCUUGGUUAUGGCCUUAUGAUGAGACGAAACGGAAAAUUGCUAGAUCAUGGUCAAGCCAACUUGAUCUCCUAAAUCGUUAUCCCGAGUACAUUUUCACUGGAUCUCAGGUGCAACAAUAUGAAUGGCUUAAAGAGCUUUAUCCAGCAGUGUUUGAGAAAAUACUAAAGGCUGAAAAAACUGGGCAAUGGGAAAUUAUUGGAGGUAGCUGGGUAGAGCAUGGAUGUCUCAUUGUUGCUUCUCCAUACGAUAUAAACAUAGGUUAUUCUGGGCAACUUCCCCAAAUUCUUCGGGAAUCUGGCUGCGAUUACUUCUUUACUCAGAAGCUUUCCUGGAACAACAUUAAUACGUUCCCGUUGACCACGUUUUGGUGGACAGGUAUUGAUGAUAGUAGGAUUUUGGCUCACUUGACGCCUGCUGAGACGUACACUGCAUCAGUAACACCCGCUGAAUUACACAAGUGUAUCGAAAAUCAUCACGAUUUAGAAGUCUCAAACCAAAGUUUACUUGUCUUCGGACAUGGUGAUGGUGGAGGCGGGCCGGCCCCAGAGAUGCUUGAAAGACUUGAAAGAAUGAAGAAUGUUGAUGGGCUGCCUACUGUCAGUUAUGGAAGCGCAACAAAUUUCUUUGAAAGCAUAGAAAAGACCUCAGAUCGUCUCCAAGCCUACAAAGGAGAACUGUACCUUGAAUUUCAUCGUGGCACGUAUACUACUCAAGCUCUUGUGAAAAAGGGCAACAGAAAAGGAGAAGUUAUUAUCAGAGACGUUGAAAUGCUGGCUGUUUAUGCAAAGCUUCACGCCAAUGCUGCCAGAUUAGACUUUAGUUAUCCUUCCGAGACUAUUACUCGUUUGUGGAAGCUUCUUUGCCUCAAUCAAUUCCAUGAUUGUCUUCCAGGCUCCGCAAUUAAUUUAGCCUAUGUGGAUGUCCACAAGUUUCAUCGCGAAGUAAUACAAGAAUGUUCAAUCCUUCGUCAUGGGAUUCAAACAUUUCUCAUCAGAGGAACGAGCGAAAGCAAAGGCGAGCUUAUCACUGACGAUGAGGAAGACGGUGUUGUUGUCUUCAAUACGCUACCUUGGCCACGUUCUGAAGUUAUUUUGGUUCCUGAGAAAAAUACAAACUGGACAAAUCAGCAAACCUCAGGGGAUUAUGAAUAUUAUACUCUAGUUAAAAAUGUACCCAGCUUGGGAGCGUCAGGAUAUAAAGCAAAAGUUGACUUUGAGCCAGUUUCCGGAGAUCAUUCGGCUAAAGCCUAUACGCAAAAUGGUAAUUUCGUGCUCGAGAAUUUGAAUUUGAAAGCUGUCUUUAAUAAAGAUGGUCAACUGCUAGAACUUUACGAUAAGACUAGUGCCAGAGGAAAUCUGGUUGCGGAAAAAAAGAAGGCCAACGUUCUUCAACUUUAUGAGGAUGUUCCAACUUACUGGGAUGCUUGGGAUGUUGAAAUCUACCAUCUGCAAAAAUAUGUUACUCUUGAAGGUCAAAACUCAUUAAAGAUUCUUUCAGACGGACCUUUGAAGGCAGAAUUGCAGUUUGAGCAUACAAUUUCAAAAAACAGCUCUAUAAAACAGAUUAUUAGUUUGACUUGUAUUGGAGACAGGAUUGAGUUUGAUAACGUCGUGGAAUGGCACGAAAGCCACCAGUUUUUGAAAGUUGAGUUUAACUGGGAUCUUAUCACCGACUACGCUACAUACGAUAUUCAGUAUGGUGUUAUCAGACGACCUACCCACUAUAAUACUACAGUUGAUUACGCAAAGUUUGAGGUUUGUGGUCAUAAAUUUGCUGAUUUAUCCGAAUCAAAUUACGGUGUUGCUAUAUUGAACGAUUGUAAAUAUGGCUAUGCAACGCACGGCGGCACCCAGCGUUUAUCUCUCCUACGUUCUCCAAAAGGCCCUGAUGAGCAUGCUGAUAUGGGUCAACAUAGUUUCAAAUAUGCAAUCUAUCCGCACAAAGGAAAUUUUACCUCUUCUAACGUAAUGCAAUGUGCAUUGGAUUUCAACGUGCCUCUUUUAGUUCGUUAUAUAAAGACCAACGAUAUCAGAUCUGGAGAGAUAAUUCCUUCACUUUUCGAAAUUGCUCCUUCUGACCAAAUAAUUAUUGACACUGUGAAACUGGCUGAAGAUGACGACGGUCAAGGCAAAGUGAUUAUCUUACGUUUGUACGAAGCAUACGGUGGAAAAUCCAUGGCUAUUUUAAGAAGCCCAUUGAAUAUUAAGCGUAUACAAAUAUCUAAUGUUCUUGAAGAUGACACAGGCAGGGAAUUGCAAAAAGAACAAGGUGGAUUUGCUGUUAAAAUGAGGGCCUUCCAAGUUUUAAGCUUGAAAGUAGAGCUGCAAUAG